AUGGAUGCAAUAUAUACGACACUCUUGGACGCCCCGCUGUUGAAGGUUAGCCGGCCGAUUGCUGCAUGCUCGAGAUGCCGCUCGUCCAAGGUCAAAUGUGACGGCAAGCUACCGGCGUGUUCAGCCUGUGAACGGGCUGGCAAGGCACGGAGCUGCUCUGGAGCUACGGACGAGUUUGCAAAGGGGAAAGAAAGGAGCUAUGUGGCUGCUCUGGAAGCGCAGUGUGAACGUUUGAAAGGCAGACUGGCAGAGGUUAGAGGCAUUCAGCUGGGAGACUCGCCAGAUAUGUCAGGUGCUUCUAGCACGGUAUAUGGCAAGGAGACAUCCGAUAUAGAUGAUCUAGUUGGUGAUUUCGGAUUUUUGUCUGUGAACGCUACAUCUCGAGAUUUCUAUGGAAUUACAUCUUCAACCUCCUUCGCGGGACUCCUUUUGACGGUAGCAAAGGGAGCGUCUUCGAUCCCUCCAUGUUCGCCGACCGAAUACCCUCCCCGAGCGCAGACUGUGGGUCUUGCCCAGUACUACUUUGAUAACCUCUAUGUGGUAAUGCCGUUUCUCAUGGAGACAAAAUUCUGGGCCUCUUUGGACAAUAUUUACCAGGAUGGUGGUAGAUUUGCAACAAGUUUCGACCAUUGGUCCCUUCGAAUGGUGCUAGCCAUAUCUCUGGUUAUGAGAUCGCGAAUGCACAUGGACGCGGACUGCGAGGCAGCGCUAGCGCAUGUCUACGCAGCAUUGAAAUACGCGGAAGACGUAUUGCAUCCAGGCUCGUUGGCAGGCAUCCAAUCUAUUCUGUUACUGACACAGUUCUCCAUGUUUGCACCAAAGUUCUUUAAGACAUGGUACUUGAUAGGCAUGGCGGCGCGGAUAGCCACUGACCUGGGUAUCCACCAAGAACAGCGGUCGGUAAUUAAUAUGGACAGUGCGGUUUUGAGCCAGUCAAGGAAGACAUUCCACUGCAUUUACUCUAUUGACAGAUACGUCAGCGGGGCACUGGGGCGAGCAUAUUCAUUCUCAGACGACUCAGUCAAUGUUCCUUUCCCACCGAUUACAACAGCUUUCAAUAUCAUAAACUUAGGAGAUGCGAUAUCACCUAAAAACAUCAAAGCAGCAACACACCUGUUGGAAAUACGUCAACGACAAUCUGCUUUCUACCAAGACCUAUAUUUCAACGGGAGACAACCUCUGCCUGACGCCGAGAAUGUUUCCUGGAGGCGCUGUGCUGUGUUGAUGGAUUGGUUUGACACUGCUCGUGCAGACCUCCCUCCUCACCUAAUACCGCUAUACCAACUUGAACUAUUGUUUAGCUGCAUCCUGGUACUCGCUCCAUCCAAAAGAGCACCAGAAAUAAGCAAUAUCAACCGGAUAGUUUUAUUUGAAUACACAAUUGACUUUCUCACGCAUUUCCAUGCAUACAUCAGCUCGUCAGCACCAUGUCUGCCGGUGACAUAUAUUGACUUUGAACGGGUGUACACCGUUUCAUGCAUCCUGGUGGUCACACUGGCCAACUACCAUAGCGAAGUGCUAAGCGAGACCCUGCCAGAACACCUAAUGCAAGCAUCUUCAACCAACGACACGUUUGAAGCGCCGUUGCCACCAUACAUCGACCGGUCGAAGCGGGUGAACUCUACGGUGCGGGCAUUGGAGGCUCUGGGCAAGACCCAGUCGAUUCUUGAAGCCUCAGGUCAUAGAUGGGGCGUGCAUGGCAUGCUGAAUGAUUUCAAGAAGCGAGUAGAGUCCGUGACAUCAAUACUUACGCACAAGUAUGGAGAGGGUCAUAUAGCUGGUACUUCACUACAGCAGCAGCAGCAACAACAACAGCAGCAGCAGCAGCAGCAGCAGUCACUAUUCCAGUUGGGGCCUAAUGGAGCAGUAGGGUCAAGCUGGAUACCUGGCCUAAGGGGACAUUUUACUGGAUAA